AUGGAUUCUUCCUCUAUAAGAAAGUCAAACAUACGAAAGGGGAAGGUUGCGAUUAAGAAAGUGGAAGAAAAAAGCAAGCGCUACGUGACCUUCUCGAAAUGCAAACAAGGGCUUUUCAACAAAGUCACUGAGCUAUCCCUUCUUUGCCAAGCUGAAACCGCUUUGGUCAUCAAUUCUCAAAAAGGAAAGCUCUAUGCAUGCAGCUACUCGAUCCGGACACUAUCAUCCACCGUUACGAAGGCGGCAGCGGAGGAGGGUAUCACAACCGUGCUGCUAAAGGAGGUUCCAACAGGGUAUUGA